AGGACCCCUGUGAUUAGCACUGAAGCUAACACAGGCUAACUGUGCCAAACAGUGAAGAGGAGGCACUAAAACAUGGAACAAGUGAAACUGGAGGAGGAAGAGGAGCAGUGGGAGCAGAGAGGAGGAGCAGAGGAGCAGGAGGAGCGCAGAGGAGGAGCAGAGGAGCGCCGGGACCCCGCGGAGGAGCACAGGUCGAGGAGCCAGAGGAGCCAGAGGAGCCAGAGGAGCCAGAGCUGUGCUUCAAACCGGAGUCCAGAGACUUCCCUUUCCACAUGGUCACUGUGAAAACUGAAGAUGAUGAAGACAAAUCUGUGCUUCAUCAAAGACCAGCUGAGGAGAACAGAGAGGAAACCAACGGAGAGGAGUGUGGAGCAGACCAGAGACCAUACAGCUGUUCAGACAGUGAGGAGCAGAGGGAGGACUGGGCUCUGCAGUGGGAGCACACAGCCACAGGAGCAGACUUUGAUCUGGACUUCUCUGUGGGAGCGAAGGGGAAACCAUGCAGGUGUUCCUGGUGUGGGAUGGGCUUCGGGCGUUCGGCGGACUUAAAGCGACAUGUGUUGAUUCACACGGGACAGAGACCAUUCAGGUGUUCAGUUUGUGACCAAAGUUUCAGACUGAAAAACAUCCUAAAGACUCACAUGAGAGUGCACACCGGGGAGAAACCGUUUGUCUGUUCAGUUUGCAAUAAGGCUUUUGCGUACAAACAGAGCUUAGAGAAACACAAGUGCGCCGACCCCUCUGCGGCCGAGGAGGAGGCUGCGAGACCUUACAGCUGUUCAGAGUGCGGGAAGAGGUUUUCACGCUCUUCAAACUUAAAAACUCACAUGUUCGUUCACACAGAGGAGCGGCCUCAAAAGUGUCCCGUUUGUGAGAGUGCGUUCAAACAGAAGUCCAGUCUGGACCGACACCUCCGCGUGCGCCACAACCUCUGCCCGAGUCCCGCCAAAACCUGCCAGAAUCAGAAACCAGGCGGAGACAGGGCGCUGGACCGGUCAGAACCUGCCCGGGCUCACGCGAGGAGCCUGAAAAAACACCAGUGCCCAGAGUGUGGAAAAGGCUUCGCUCGGAAAUAUGUUCUACGGAGUCACAUGCUGCUGCACUCUGAGGAUACGUACACCUGCUCCGUGUGCGAACGCCGCUUCAAAAGUAAAAAGUCUUUAGCGGAACAUUUCAAGAGCCACCGUGACGACAAACCAACCACCUGCGCGAUCUGCUCCAAAACCUUUGCCAGAAACAGCCUCUUAAACAAGCACCUAAAGAACCACUGGGAGGAGAAACCAUUCAGCUGUUCAGAGUGUAACAAAGGCUUUCUGUUUGAGAGCCAGUACAAGAGACACAUGAUGAUCCAUACGGGCGAGAAACCUUUCAGCUGUCCCUUCUGUGAGAAAGGCUUCGCGGACAAGAGCACGCUUAAGGAGCACAUCGAGCUCCACACAGGAGACAAACGCUUCGUGUGCGCCGUGUGCAGCAAAGGCUACACUCAGCACACCAAUCUCAGGAAGCACAUGAUGAAGCACACGGGACAAAAACCCUACGCCUGUCCCACCUGCGGGAAGAGAUUUGCAGAGAAGAGUUACAUCAGUGUUCACAUGGCGACGCACUCCAGCGACAAACCCUUCAAAUGUCCCUUCUGUGAGAAAGGAUUCACUCAGAGCGGAGCGUUAAAGAAACAUCUGGCCAUUCACACCGGGGACAAACCUUUCAGCUGUUCAGUUUGUAAGAAAGCCUUCGCCACCGAGGAUCGACUCAGGAGACACGCUCUGAGCCACGAAGGACAGAGGACAGUCAGGGCUGACCAGACAGGGGACAGGCCAUAGACGGUGUAAAUAAACGGACUAAACCGCUAAUUGCGGCGUGUUACGUAAAAACUGUGUCCCCUCUCUCUGUAACUUUGGUCUUAAAUGUUCAUAUUAACGCGCUCUACAUGAUCCUGAGGUUUUUAUGUGAACAUUAAUAACAGACAAAUCAGGUCCUUCUUUCCCCGAGGUCGCUCCUGUUAGCGUUAGCAACAGGUUUGAUUGACAGCGUUGCUAAGCUCUGGGACACUUAGUCUGUGGACAGACGGGACGGGACACUCUGGGACACAGUCUGUGGACAGAUGGGACGGGACACUCUGGGACACUUAGUCUGUGGACAGAUGGGACAGAUGGGACAGGGGACAGGAGAUUCUCACUUUUAUGACUGAAGUGUUUCAAAUGUGACUGAAAUAUUUCAAUAUUUUAUAUUAAACUUCAAACUGAGGUAAAAUCAGUUCUCAGUAUUUGUGAACUCACAAGAGUCAGUGUUCCAUCACACACGACCUUUAACCUGCCACAUGUGACUGGGUUUAAGGUCAAAGUUCACCAGUGCUCCACUGGAGGUGGUGGUAGAAUAAAAGUCUGAUUACUGUUUAAGAAAAUGAUUUUCAAAAGUUUUUGAAUCCAAACAAACCCUGAGUCCCCCCCCCCCCCCCCCCACACACACACACACACCUUAUUUAUUUAUUUAUUUCAGGGACAGUGCACAUUUAUCGACAUUUCUGUAAAUAUGACAGAAUUGACCAAAGGCUUUUUUUCAUCUGUCGUCCCUCACAGCAGAGACUGUCCACCUAAAAAACACCC